AUGUCUCGGUUCCACGGAGCAUUCGAUUACUUUGCGAUCUUUGUACAGGCGCAACCAUCGCCUCUCGACCUGUUGCUCCUGGUCACAGGGGUCCUCAGCGCCAUUGCUUCUGGUAUCCCGUUCCCUCUGCUUGGCAUCAUCUUCGGUCAACUUCUCGACGAUUUCAACGCCCAGAUCUGCGCGGCAGAGGAUGGUCCAGGGUCGACGAACAACACCACACGGCACUACCAGGACGCGGUCAACGACAAGGUUCUGUACAUAAUCUACCUUGCCAUCGCCCAGUUCGGCUUCAUGUACAUCCACCUCGUGAGCUGGUCUCUGGGCGGCGCCAGGCUUGCGCAACGCCUCCGCGAGCAGUACCUGCGCAGUCUCCUGCGGAAAGACCCGGCCUUCUUCGACGGCCGGCCGGGCGGUGAAGUGUCGUCACGGCUGAACGGCGACAUAUCCAUGAUCCGCAUGGGCACCUCGGAGAAGGUCGGCAUCUGCCUGUCGAGCAUCUCCUUCUUUGUCACGGCGUACGUCGUCGCCUUUAUCAAAAUCCCCAGGCUUGCCGGCAUCCUGGUCGCGCUGGUGCCGGCCUACUUUUCCAUGUCGCUCGUCGGAGGCUAUUUUGUCAAGAAGUACACGUCGCAAGUGUUGGACCGCUUUGCCGCGGCAUCGUCCGUCGCGUCAGAGGCUUUGACCAACGUCGCCGUCGUGCAUGCAUUCAACGCAAACGACAAACUGGAAGCGAGCUUUUCGUCGCACCUGCUCUCGGCGAGAAAGGCUGGAAUCGACAAGGCCCUGGCGAACGGCAUACAGGCCGGCUUGAUGUAUUUCAUCGCCUACGCCGCUGAUGCCCUGGCAUUCUGGCAAGGGAGCCACUUGAUAGCGGAUGCCGUUACCGGCAGCGGUAAAGAUACCACGAUAGGCGCAGUUUUCACCGUCAUUUUCCUCCUGGUUGAUGCCACACUGAUACUCAGUCAAAUGACCCCGUUCCUGGCCAUCUUUGCCGGGGCGGCUGCCGCCUUUGGCAAAUUGAAGAGAGACAUCGAUGCUCCUUCGGUGAUAGAUGGGACGGCAAAUACGGGAUUGAGGCUACCUCACGACAGUGAGGGCGGGUUCAGACUGGAGAAUGUUUCUUUCCACUAUCCAUCAAGACCGGAGCAAGAUGUACUGAAGAAUGUGUCUCUACACCUUCCAGCAGGGCAAAAGACUGCCAUAGUUGGCUUCUCAGGUAGCGGGAAAUCGACCAUAGCCAGCUUGUUGCUUCGACUUUAUGACCCCGUCGAGGGCGCGGUGGUCCUGGACGGCCAUGAUCUUCGCGAGCUGAAUACCCGACAAGUCCGAGGCAUGAUUGGCCUAGUACAGCAGGAAGCCACCUUGCUGGAUCGAUCAAUUCUAGAGAACAUUGCCCACGGGUUGGUGAAUUCAACUGCGCCCGAACACGAGCGACUUCAAGACACACUUCUCGGACCUCAGCUUGGUUUCGUGGCGGCGGCGAUGAGAGAGGGUCGCGCAGUAAUGGAUGCUGCCCGUGAGCAGGGCCCGAUAGUUGAAGAGAUCGUGAGGAUGGUCCAACAAGCAAUGGAAGUCUCAGACGCCGCACGUUUCGUCAAGAACAUGCCAGAUGGCAUGGGCACAAUGGUAGGGUCUGGCGGCACAAGCCUCAGCGGAGGGCAGAGACAACGUAUUGCUAUUGCAAGGAGUGUCGUCAAGAACCCCAAAAUUCUCAUUCUUGACGAAGCCACUGCCUCGCUUGACUCUAGAAGUGAGAGGGAGAUUCUUGAUGCUUUGGAGCGCUGUUCUGAAGGCCGGACUGUCAUUUCAAUUGCUCAUCGGCUCUCCACGAUCCAGAAGGCAGACAAAAUUGUCGUCAUGGAAAACGGCCGCAUUUUGGAAGAAGGAACGCACGCGGAGCUGAUGAGCGGACAAGGAUCCUACGCCGGGCUCGUCAAUCUACAGAACCUGGACUCUAAGUCCCCGACCCGUCGAGGUAGCGAAGAUGUUUCGCUGAGCGGCUUGACCGAAGUGGAAAAAGUAGACCAUGAUCCCGAAGAGAACAGCAAAGCCGAUAUGUCGGUCGAAGUGACCAAGGAGAGCGCCGACAUUCCUAUUUCCAAGGACCUAUCGCCUGAAACUGAUGGCGGACCGGUAGAUCAAAGUCUCGGGAUGUUGACAAAAUCCAUGGCGCGCUUCAUACGUCCUCACGCUCUCGUGGCGCUCUGUGCUCUCGCGGGUGCCAGCAUCGUCGGUGGUGCGUACUGUGCUGACGCUGUCAUCUUCGGACACACUGUCAGCGGACUCAGUCCGUGCCGCUCACCUUCACAAAUUCGAGACAGUGGACGUUUCUUCGCCCUCAUGUUCUUCGUUUUGGCUAUCAUCGAGUUGCUCGCCAACAUAGUGAGCUGGGUCGGGUUUGGCUGGGUUUCCGAGAAGGUCGUCUACACCAUCCGGGUCUUCCUCUUCCGUGCCCUCUUCGAGCAGGAUGUUCAGUGGCAUCAGUCCCAGAACCGAACCCCGUCCAGUCUGCUUGGGUUGAUCACCAACGACGGGAACCAGAUCGCCGGCUUGAGCGGGUCCAUUAUCGGCACCAUUCUGUCAAUUUGCAUCAAUCUGGUCGCGGCGGUCAUCAUGACAUUGAUCAUAGCCUGGAAGAUUGCCCUGGUGUGCAUGGCGAUUGUCCCGCUUCUCCUUGGAGUGGGCUUCACGCAGCUGCGUGCUCUGGCUCGAUUCGCAGACAAGCACGAGCACGCGUUCAACAAGUCCGUCGGGAUUAGUGUUGAAGCCGUCAACUCGAUCAAGACUGUCGCUUCGCUGUCGCUAGAACAUGAGAUCUUGCAGGUAUAUCGUCGCACACUCGACGGGCCACGACGGGAAAUCACCGCCAUCAGUUUUCGUGCCAACAUCUGGCUGGCUCUGCAAUACCUCGUUGGUAAUCUCGCGUUUGCACUGGGGUUCUGGUGGGGAUCUAAGCAAGUCUUCAGCGGCAUGUACAGUCAGACACAGUUCAUCAUGGUGGUCUUCUCUUUGCUGGUUAGUGCUCAACUGUGGACUCAAAUGUUUGCACUUGCUCCAGAGAUCACCAAUGCCCGAGCAGCCAUUGCUAGAGUCAUCAAUGUGAUAGCACUCGGAUCUCCAGCAACCGUGCAGGGUUCUUCGACCGGCAGCAAGAAAGACGACAUUGAAUUCAGUGCAGAGGCCAAGACUGUGUCGCCACAUAAGUCGAGGGGCAUGGACGUGAAGUUGCAGAAUGUCCAUUUCGCUUAUCCAGGCCGCCAAUCUGCCCCUGCUCUCUGCGGCCUCAGCAUUCACAUUCGCCCCGGCCACUUCUGUGGGCUAGUGGGGCCUUCAGGCGCGGGCAAAUCAACCAUCACGUCCCUCAUAGAACGCAUGUAUGUUCCGCAAUCGGGUAAGAUCUUGAUCGACGGGGCGGACAUCUCCAAGCAGGAAGGGACAUCCUUCCGCAACGAUAUUGCCCUCGUACCACAAGAUGGCGUGCUGUUUGAUGGGACGAUACGUUUCAAUCUGUCACUAGGUGCACGUCCCGGGGUAAUUGUGUCUGAUGAGGAGAUGAUGGAAGCAUGUAGAUUGGCCAGUCUCCACGAUACCGUUCUUCAGCUCCCCCAGGGGCUCGAUACCCUCUGUGGCACCAAUGGAAGUCAGCUGUCAGGAGGCCAGAAGCAUCGUUUAGCCAUCGCUCGUGCCCUGGUGCGGAAGCCCCGACUUCUGAUCCUGGAUGAACCUACCAGUGCCUUGGAUGCAGAGACCGAGAAAACCCUGCAGGACAACUUGCGAGUCGCGACGCGAGGCAUCACGGUGCUGGUGAUUGCGCACCGGCUUAACACGAUUCGCCACGCCGACAAGAUCUUUUUGAUAGAGGCGGGACACAGUGUCGAUUCUGGUACACAUGACGAGCUCUUUGAGAGAUCAGAGUCUUACCGCGCGAAUGUCCUCAGCCAAAUGAUUGCGGAAUGA